UACGGUAGCCUAAAAUGCAGGUGGAGUAGAGCGCUUUGGGAACGAAAGGGAGGAGAGCAUCCUUCCCCGUUGUUCUUGAUGCCGGCGUAACGCGUGGGUAAAGUUGCUGUUUUUUGGACACACUGACUGUGGUUGUGGACCGGACCACUGGUGUGUGUGUGUGUGUGUGUGUGUGUUUGAGUGUGAGACGUUAUGUGGCUCAUUGAAAGGUCUAAGUGCCUAUCUCUCUUGUCAGACAAACACCGCGCGUCCAAGCGAGGUGGAGAAAAAAGGAGGGGGGACAGCAGGGGCAGACAAUGCGGUUCUGCGAUGCGUUUAUUCCUCCGUACAAUUUACACCCAGAUACACGAAAACACGAUGUCCUAAAGAUGUGGAAGAAUUCCUCGUUAUUCCUUUUCUCUAUUUUUUUAAUAGAAUUGAACACAAUUCCCUUACGUUUCGAUUGAGAACAAAAAUAGAGAUGAAAUUUCCAAUAGAAACCCCAAGGAAACAAGUUAACUGGGACCCCGAACAACAAGUGGCGGUCCAGACCAACUUGGUCCCUCCCAAAAAGGUCCAGCCUGGCAUGGCUAAAUCAAGUCUAGUCCAGGCCAGUGUGGCCACUAUGCAGAACCCCAUGGGCUGUGACCCUAAGACCAAUGGUCACUGUCCACUGCCACGCCUGUCCAUCUCCUCCCGCUCUGCCAGUGUAGUGGCCAGCAUGGACACCAGCUAUGACGGCACGGUUGCAGCGCUCCACUCAGUGAUGAAGUGGAAGACGGUGGUGGCGGUGUUCAUCGUGGUCGUUCUCUACCUGGUUUGUGGAGGUCUGGCAUUCAGGGCACUGGAGCAGCCGUUUGAGAGCAACCAGAAAACCAGUAUCACGCUGGAGAAAGCUUCGUUCCUGGAGAGACACCCCUGUGUGACUCCUAAUGAGCUGGAGGCGCUUAUCAAGCAUUCCAUAGAUGCUGUGAGUGCAGGAGUGAGUCCUAUUGGAGACACAUCCUACAAUUCCAGUUACUGGGACCUGGGCAGUGCCUUCUUCUUUGCUGGAACUGUCAUCACAACCAUAGGUUAUGGAAACAUAGCUCCAAGCACGGAGGGCGGGAAAAUCUUUUGCAUCCUUUAUGCCAUAUUUGGCAUACCUCUCUUUGGCUUCUUGUUGGCGGGGAUUGGAGACCAGCUGGGGACCAUCUUUGUGAAAAGCAUCUUGAGAGUUGAGAAGAUAUUCAGGCAAAAACACAAACAGAUCAGCCAAACUAAGAUCAGAGUGACGUCCACCAUCCUGUUCAUCCUGGCUGGCUGCAUUGUUUUCGUCACCAUCCCUGCUGUCAUCUUUAAACACAUCGAGGGCUGGACCACACUAGAAGCCAUCUACUUUGUUGUGAUCACACUCACUACAGUGGGAAUAGGAGACUAUGUGGCAGGUGGUAACCGUAGGAUUGACUAUAUGAAGUGGUACAAGCCUCUGGUGUGGUUCUGGAUUUUGGUUGGUUUGGCGUACUUUGCGGCUGUCCUCAGUAUGAUCGGAGACUGGCUCAGAGUACUGUCUAAAAAGACCAAAGAGGAGGUUGGGGAGAUUAAAGCUCAUGCAGCUGAAUGGAAGGCAAAUGUUCGAGCAGAGUUCCGUGAAACGCGUCGCCGCCUGAGUGUUGAGAUCCAUGACAAGCUCCAGAGGGCCGCUACCAUCCGCAGCAUGGAGCGGCGUCAACUUGGCCUGGAGCAGCGAGCUCACUCCCUGGACAUGCUGUCUCCAGAGAAGCGAGCCUUGUUUGCCAGCCUGGAUGCCGGCCGCUUUAAGACUUCCUCUCAGGAGAGCAUCGACACCAAGCUCAACAAUUUAAGGCUGAAGGGGGCCUGUGGGCCAUACGACCAUCAGGGGAGUGAGCAAACAGAACAGACGGCAUCUUCCUCGGAGGAGAAUCUCUUCAACCUGCGCUUUGGAUCCCUCACCAAGCUGGCCAGACGUAACAAGAACCGCGAGCUCCGGAGGAACAUUGAUGAAGUUGAGCGACGGGCGAGUGUAGGCAUAAGCAAUGGCAGUGCCAUGCGGGGUGAGGAGAGGACGGAAGUAGAAGAAGAUGGGGACCCAGAUGAGGAAAACGAAGAAAGAAAAGAAGGAAACACCAGUCUGACAAACCUGGCACAGUGCGCAAUUGAGUGCAGCAGGAUGAAUGGCUUCACACCAGGGGAUGCCAAAGACAGAAGGAACGACUAGGCAUUGAAUGGAGUGCUUCAGAGACAGAGAGAGAAACAGAGUGAAAGAUACAGAGACAGAGACAGAGAACAAGAGUGCAUGAUCCUUUGAGAUGUCAAUAAAUGUGCCUUUCUGUUUCCUAUGCUUAUAUUUGAACAGCUCCCAGGAAAUUUAGUCAUCGUGCCAUAGCCAUGGGAGGAUAAUAUGUUGCCAAAAAAUUGAAGAGACAGAAGAGGCUGUACUUAAAAUACCUCAUAUCGGAUGUUACUGUAGAAUGGGCUUCUUAAGAACAUUUAUUUCUAUAGGAGCUAUCUUUCCAGCUUUGUUGUCUUUCAGCCUUGAUGACUCUUAAGAGACACUUGAGCAACAGCGGUCUGUUAAUGUUAAAUCUUAUUUUUUAAUAAUGUGGGCAGGAAAUCCAGAGAGCUACGCUCAUGGUAUCCAUUUUACGACGUAAAAUGAAUGGAGGAUGGGAGGUUGUAUUUAUGCUGGAUAAAUAGACAAUACGAGCAUCUGCCUAGUUGACAUGUACAAUUAUUCCUACAUGGUAUGCGACUUUGAAAAUGCAACCAACAGUAAAAUUACUACAUACUAAAAGUUCAUAUCUGUUCACCUUAAUUGUGCAUGGAUAUUAAAACACAAUCAUAGCGGUUGAUUGACUAACUUUAAAGCUUGAAAUGACAGCUGUAAUAAUGUUUCUUUUUGUUUUAAGAUGAAAUGUACUGCUUUCUUUCAUAUUUUGUGGAAAAAAACAUGUAUUUCAGAAAUGAUUGCCACCAUUUUGGAUCAACACUGAGCUGGAUUUCAACUAACAGACACAUUUAACCACUAUGGGAUUGUCAGCCAUGUUAAAACAUUUUUGUAUAUGACAUUCACUUCACAAAUGUCUUCAUACUUCAGUCUUUUUUUGUAAAUUACUUUUAAAUGAAUGAAUGUGAUGCUGUUGAUUUUGUAUUCAUCAAGCAUGUUGGAAUCUGUGUUUCCUCCUUUUUAUAUCAGUCAAGCACUUGAGUUGAAUUUUUCAUUGAACUGUAAAAUAUGAAGCUAAUAUACCAUGUUGCUUAUUUUGUAUUUCUUUUCUGAAAUGGUCAAAUAUUGUGGCUUCAAUCAUCUUCACACUGAAAUUUGUUGAAAUGUUUGACACAUGAGCUUUAACUUUAUUCACAUUUUACACACAGGCACUGACACUACUACCCAACGCCUUCUUUACAUUUUACAGAAUAUAUAUAUAUAUCACUAGCGUGCAUUGCAGACAUUUCUAAAGGCGAAAUACACACACACACAUACUGGUUGUACUUUUAACUGUUAACUGAUAUCCUUAACAUUUUCAUGAUCAUGACCUAUGACACGUUUGUUGUAUACAGUUUAUUUUAUAAACAGAUCACAUUAAAUGUAGUGAGUGCCUUUUUCCAGAUAAUAAACAUGAGAAUACAUUUGAAA